UUUAUAUAUAGUCAUAAUUCAUGCAAUUGAAUUGUCAAAACACAAAUAAUCAUCUUGUUUUAUUGUUAAACAAAGGUUUAAGCAAGAUGAAGCAUAUGCUAUUUGACAAGAAGAUAGAAGAGCAUAGACCACUUCCUAAGAGAGGGCAAGUUAAGACAAGGAUAGUUGCCAUCGCGUUGCAGUCGUUGGCAGCCAUGAUCACCAUGGCUGCCACUCGACGUUCAAAUUCCACCCCAAAAUCCUAAGAAAUACGUUGAUGCAUGGGAAGCGUGUAACAAUGACAGGAGAUUGAUCAGUCAGAGUCGAGUGACCUCAAAGGUUUAUAAAGAAUUUUGUACAGUGUCGUUUUCGUUGGUUUAUUGUAUUUAGACAUCUCUUGUUCCCUGUCUUGUAACAAAUUUCCAGUGUCCAAAAAACAAAAACAAGAAAGUAGAAAAUCUCAUGUUACACAUUGUCAUAAAACCAUCUUGAAGAUUUGCUAAAUUUGGCUUUAUACCAUGUGGAUACCUUAAGUACAGAGCAAGCAGAGACAUCAAAGCAACAAAAAAAAAUAGGCAAGGAACAGGUCCUUUCCUUAAUGUCAAGGCAUUUUAAACCAAAGUUUUUAUGCUUUUUUCCAAUCAUAGUUCCAUAAAUAGAUAAUGUAUAGUUUCAAUAGUGUUGCUAUUAUCAAAUAAAAUGGCAUUAUCAAGCCAAUUUCUCCAGCAUAAUGUAUGGUCCAACUCGGAGUUUAGACGUACCUUGAGUGUCCCUCCAUUAUUGAAAGCUAACCAUGAACCAGUUAAGAAGCUAUCACAACGAAAACUUAAAAUACGAGGCAUCAAGAACAAAUCCAACAGUUUGGUCACAUUUUCGAUGUUAAAUCCUGAGAGUGGCACGAGUAUGAGUGCAGUUUCUCCAUCCGACACAAUCAAGAAGUUCUACUCAAGUAUUAACAACAAGGACAUGAAUCAACUAGCACUGCUCCUAGCUGAAAAUUGUUUCUAUGAUGAUUUCUCUUACAGUCAACCAUUCCAAAGGAGAGAGGAGGCUCUGAAAUUUCUGGAGCAACUAGCCACAUGCAUGGGGAAGAACACAGAGUACUGCAUUGAACACAUUUAUGAGGGAGUUGAUCUCACAAUUGUGGUAAACUGGCAUUUAGAGUGGAACAAGAAACAGGUUCCUUUCACUAGAGGCUGCAGUUGCUACGAGUUAUCAAGAGACGGAGAAGAACUAGUCAUAAGGAAAGCUCAAGUAAUUGUUGAAUCACCAAUCAAACCAGGAAGCAUAGCUUUGGAAGCGUUCCAGAAGGUCAUUUCAGUAUGUGAUGCUUUCCCUCAGUCUGCUGAAUGGUUGUUCCAGAUGAGUCCUCAACUGAUAACUUCCUAUUCCCGCUACACAUCAUGGCUCAAUUACAUGUCAACCUUAAGUCCUUGGAGUGAUUCAAAAGAUAAGGAUCAAACUCCAAAGAAUGACUAGCUUUGUAAUAAGUCCUAAGGCCUGUUUGGCCAUAUUUGUAAUAAGACUAGUGCUACUGAAAAUAGUAAAACUUGGGCAUAUCUGUUGAAAUCUGCCUGAAAACAACUGUAUGAUUGAGCGUUGGGUUCGAGAAAAAUUGGAACCACAACAGAUAUCUCUAUUGUUGACUGUUGAAUAAACUGUGUUGAAUUUCGAUCUAAAAAAUUCAAGUGGUAA